AUGGCCCCUCCUAAGAUCUUCUCGCUCGAUGGCAAAAGCCUGAAGCUCGACACUGCAGAGGACAUUGAGGCUCACAUUAAGCCUUUGACUGAGAGCACCGACUACACUGAGAUCCAUUUCGGUGGCAACACUCUGGGCAUCGGUGCCUCCGAGCGUCUCGCUGCCGUCCUCGCAACCCAGAAGAACCUCGAAGUCGCUGAUUUGGCCGAUAUUUUCACCUCCCGUCUCCUUUCCGAGAUCCCUCCCGCCCUCAAGGCUCUCCUUGAUGCCAUUCUCGAAAUCCCGACUGCCCACACUAUCAACCUCUCCGACAAUGCCUUCGGUCUUAACACCCAGGCACCCCUCGUCGAUUUCCUGUCCAAGCACACACCCCUCCGCCACCUGAUCCUGAACAACAACGGUCUGGGUCCCUUCGCCGGAACCAUGAUUGCCGAUGCUCUCAGCCAGCUCGCUGAGCGCAAGGAAGAGGCUCGCAAAGAGGGCAAGGAGGUUGCUCCUUUGGAGAGCAUUGUUUGCGGUCGCAACCGUCUGGAGAACGGCAGUAUGGAGGCUUGGGCUCGUGCCUACGAGAAGCAUGCCGCAGGCCUGAAGUCCGUUAAGAUGACCCAGAACGGAAUCCGCCAGGAGGGUAUUGCGCACCUGCUGAAGAACGGUCUUUGCCACGCCCACGGCCUGGAGGUUCUGGAUCUGCAGGACAACACUUUCACCAUUAUGGGAUCCACUGCUCUGGCUAGUGUUUUGGAGGGCUGGGCAUCUCUGCGCGAAUUGGCCGUUGGUGAUUGUCUACUUUCUGCCCGUGGUGGUGUGAAGGUCGCUCAGGCUCUCGCCGCCAAUAAGAACCAGAAGCUGCAGACCCUUCGUCUUCAGUACAACGAAAUGAAGGCUGAUAGUGUCAAGGCCUUUACCCACGCUGCCAAGACCGCACUCCCUAGUCUGCGCCGUGUCGAGUUGAAUGGCAACAUCUUUUCCGAUGAAGACGUGAACAUUACCGCGCUAAAGGAGCUCUUGGAGGCCCGUCAGGAAGAGCACGGCACCGAUGAUGACCCUGAGGAUACCUGGGGUGUUGAUGAGCUGGACGAGCUCGAGUCGGAGGACGAGGAGGAAGAGGAGGAAGAGGAGGAGGAGGAAGAGGAAGAAGAGCAGGAGCGAAAGGCUGAGAAGGAUCUCAAGGCUGCCGACCUUGCUGAGGAGGAGAAGGUUGCUCAGAAGUCGGACAAGGAUGUCGAUGCCUUGGCUGAGGCUCUUGGCAAGACUGGCAUCUAG